AUGCUGGCCUGUCGCUGGACGACAGUAUUAACCUGGCCAUCAAGCUGGAUCAGCACCUCUGCGGUCAAAGAAGGCACCUCCCAACCUGAGGUGCCGCGGGAAGAUCGGAUCAGAGCCGCCGUGAAAGCCUCACCAAACCCCUCAGUGACCCGCGCGAAAGCAACCAUCCCGAACCAAUGGAGGUCUGGUGCUAGGGCAUCAGCCACAGCUCUGUCCCUGGGUGCCACUCCCACCGACAUCCCUAUGGUGGAUCAGUGGUUUCAAAGAGCGGAAAAAGUAUGGGAAAAAGCGCACACCAAGAUCUCCCAAGCAGCCAGUGAUUCCGGGACCCCUGAACGAAGGCGUCGCAUCCCCGGAGCUGUGGAGUUAGCGGGCGUCCCUGCAUACAGGGUAAAGGAGUUGCUGGACUCCCGGAGGAGAGGGGGCUCCCUCCAGUACUUGGUAGAUUGGGAGGGGUACGGCCCGGAGGAACGGAGCUGGGUCCCGGCCCGAGACAUUGUGAUUACCGGCAGACUUAGUUGGAGUGGCUUGGCCAAGAUAAUAAUGGCUCCUGCUAUAGGUUUUUAUGAGCUUCUCUCAAUGCUUUUGUUGGGAAUAUGUCUAACCACUUCAGCUCAGAGGUAUGUGGGUCCAGCUGGCCCACCAGGCCCUGCUGGUGUCCCUGGAAUCGAUGGAAUUGCUGGGGAAAGAGGUAGAGAUGGAGAAGAUGGUUCUGCAGGACUGGAUGGUGACUCUGGGAAACCUGGUUCUGUUGGACUUCCUGGGUUGCCUGGAGAUGAUGGGUUGACUGGUCCCACAGGAGAUGUAGGCCCAGAUGGUCCACCUGGACAGAAGGGAGAGCCAGGGAAACCUGGAACUCGAGGAGGAGCUGGUAUUGGGCCUGAUGGACCCCUGGGACCACCAGGACCUGGUGGACUUCCAGGCAUUCUUGGUAAAUUUGGCCCUCCUGGGGCCAUGGGUGUCAGAGGGCCCCAAGGACCUCGUGGACCACAAGGACCACGUGGUGCUGCAGGUAUACUGGGUGGAGCAAUGGAACUGUGCCCCAAUGCAUGUUCGCCUGGCACACCUGGCUACCCUGGACAACCAGGCAUGAAGGGCCACAAAGGUGCGAAGGGAGAGGUUGGAGAACCUGGUAAACAGGGACACAUGGGAGAAGUAGGAGACCAGGGUGCCCCUGGAGAGGUUGGAACAAAUGGCCCAACAGGUCCACAGGGAAUACAAGGUGCUACAGGAAUUAUGGGUCCUAAAGGGGAGAUGGGACCUCGGGGCAAUGAUGGGGAUCCAGGUCCUCAGGGGGUUGAAGGUGCCACUGGUGAUCGUGGUCAGAGGGGGUUAAUGGGAGAGUCUGGCCCUAAGGGAGAACAAGGACCCCAGGGACAAAGAGGCAUCACUGGUCUCCCAGGACCAAAGGGUGAGAGUGGUUUACCUGGUGUAGAUGGCCGUGAUGGAAUUCCUGGAUUACCUGGAGUUAAGGGCAGCCCUGGGAAAUCUGGAAACCCUGGAGAGGUUGGACUUCAAGGACUGUCUGGCUUACCUGGUAUUACAGGAUCGAAGGGAGCUCCCGGUCAAAAGGGUAAUGCUGGACAGCCAGGCCUUAUUGGAACUAUGGGAUCUGCUGGAAAGCCUGGAGAACGUGGAAAACAGGGAGAACUUGGAACUGUUGGCCCUAUUGGUGGAACAGGAGAUAGAGGCGAGCCAGGGCCUUCUGGACCUAUAGGGAACCCAGGACUCAGAGGUUCUAAGGGUGAUCUUGGUCUGCCUGGACUUCCUGGAUCCCCAGGCACACCUGGAGAGAAAGGGGAGAGGGGUGAUCCUGGUGAAUCUGGAUCCAAAGGAGAACAGGGAGAGCAAGGUGCAGAGGGAACCCCAGGAGACAAAGGAGAUGUUGGGGAGCCUGGGGAGUCUGGACCUAAAGGAGAAGUUGGUAAUCCAGGGGAACCAGGCAACAGAGGCCCUGAGGGUGCGCGUGGGCAGCCUGGCAUCGAGGGACCACCUGGUAGUUCUGGACCCCGUGGUGUACAAGGGAACAGAGGAGCUCCAGGUCCUCGUGGUUCUCAAGGCCCAGCAGGGAAAGAACCAGGUGAUCAGCACAUCAAACAAGUUUGUAUGCGAGUAAUGCAGGAGCAGCUGGCUCAACUAGCUGCCAGCCUAAGGAGACCUGAGUCUGGUGCUAUGGGUCUCCCUGGCAGACCUGGUCCCCCUGGCCCUCCAGGUCCCCCAGGAGACAGCGGUUUCCCUGGACAAGCUGGUCUAAGAGGUCUUCCUGGCCUCAAAGGACCUUUAGGAACAAUGGGUCUCAAAGGGCCUAAAGGUGAAAAUGGAGAAAGGGGAGAUAGAGGGCAAACAGUGAGGGGCCCUAAAGGAACACAAGGACCACCUGGCCUACCAGGAGAAACUGGUAAACCAGGUUAUGGUCAAGAUGGUCAUGAUGGAGGAAGUGGUUUACCAGGCUUCCCUGGACAGCCUGGUGUUCCUGGACCUCCUGGCUCAGCAGGACCGCCUGGUUACUGUGAUCCAUCAGCAUGCAACUUGAACUCUGCUUCCCAGUCCCUCACAAACUAUGACAUUAAAGGGCCGAAUGGUUACUGAGUUUUUGUGGACACCAAAGACUGAGACAGAAUGUUGUGUAUAGAUCACAGCAUUAGUGAAUGUCAAGUGAAGAUGGUAAAGUAAGAACAUUUUGCUCCAGUCAGCAGGUCUUAAUUUCAUUUGUAAUAAUUUACCAUUUUUUUAAUUUAACUUUGUUUUGAUUUUUGUUAAUACCUCAGUUUACUGCAAGCUCACAAAUUUAUCCGAAGUAUGUUGUAUAGAACUUUAGAAUGGACUAUGCUGGAUCCAAAGCAAAAUGUAUGUGUUUACAAAACCCUAAAAAUUUCUGACAGAUUGAUAAGUUAAUCUACUAACGUUUGCUACUUUAUCUACUAAAAUUGCUACAAUACAAUUAAUUAUAUACAUACAUUAGAUAGAUUAAUUUGAUUAAUGGACCAUGAGAGGUUUUCAGCAGGGGCUUCCUGAAUUAGUUAUUUUAUUUUAAAAAGUUGUAAUUAAAACUGUAAUUGUAAUUGAAAUUCUAAAAGUUGUAAAUUGAUUUUUUUUAUUUAACACUGUGGCAACAAAAGCAAAGUCUAAUUUGUUUAAUGAGAAUGUAACAUCAAAGAUGACUUUGUAAAUUAUAUUUUAAACACAUA